AUGAGCCGCGCGUGCUGGGGCUCCUGGUGUUUAUCCGCUCUUAACGGCUAAUCCCGAAACGCGUACCCUCGUAUAUAUUGGGACGUGCGCGUGCACCGUACCGUACCCGUGAAACAUACACGAGGGGUGAAAGCGACGUUUUUCACAAUUCGUACCUGUGGGGAGAGGUUUUUGACGUUUCGAACUACGACGAAUUCGGGCUCCAAUAUUUUUGAACGGUGCGGAUAGAUUACCGGUGACGGAGGGAAAUCGGUGUGCUCUUUAUGCGCUGUCAGCGUCGGAUACGUGAUACGGGGAUCGAGGUGAAAUAGUUUCUCACUCUAGAUCGGCGAACGAAUACGUAUCUCUCGAUGGUCGUGGCGGCCGGGACUAAAAAAAUGACGUUACGGCGCGCGGUGUAACGAACUUGCAACGAUGAUGAUAACGCCAGUGUCAGUGCAGUGGGGUUAAAGUGCCAGCCGGUUUAUGGAUAACCACGGUUCGCUGAUUGGCUUCACGAGUGCGGGCUCGUAUCAAGCCGACGAGUGGCCAGUGUCGUGUCGAGUGACGUCGAGUGACGGUAUUUAAGUGUGACUCCGAUCCGAUCUUCUUUACCUCCUUUACACCACGUGCGAGAGAUGAACGAAUGAUUGGACCGCGGUGAUCCGGUGAUACGCGAUGAGGCCGAAAUCUUGCUCGCUGUUCCUGUUAUUUUGCGUCAUCCUACCCGGAGUGGUGCGUCCCUUCACGUCCGGCGAAGAAGGUGAAGAUGCUGCGGAGGAGGAGGACUCUUAUCUCUUGGAAGACGACGACGUGCCUUCGGCUACGAUAGCCAGCGAUACCGAACUCAUUUCUGAAGGCGGCGGUCAUUUACCAGUUUUCCUCACGGAGCCCGUAAACUCCUUCGUCGUGAAGAACAAGCCCGCCGUUCUACGUUGCAAAGCCGCUCACGCGCUGCAGAUCUAUUUCCGUUGUAAUAACGUGAGGGCGGAGGAUUCGCAGCAGCAGGAUUUCGUGGAUCCCCACACGGGAACGAGGAUCGUCGACUGCGAGCUCAAUGUUACGAGGGAUCACAUCGAGGAGUACUUCGGCAAGGAUAAAUUCAAAUGCGAGUGCGUCGCCUGGUCUGGAUCGGGACAGAUUAGAAGCCAGCCGGCAACCAUCGACGUCGCCUAUCUGAAAAAGCAAUUCGAAUCGCCACCGUACUCCGUGUCCGUCGAAGCAGGUCAGAGUACCGAACUUAGGUGCCUGCCUCCGGUGGGAGUACCACCGCCUAGAGUUUACUGGUUAAGAAAUAAUAUUCCUGUGGACACCGAGUCGGACACACUUCUGGUGUCCAGCGAGGGUCAUCUUCUUAUUGGACAAGCGAAACUUAGCCAUCAGGCGAACUACACCUGCGUUGCCGAAAAUAUCGCGGCGAAACGACUGAGCGACGCAGUUAGCUUAACAGUAUACGUUAACGGUGGCUGGUCUUCCUGGUCGUCCUGGUCGGAAUGUCACUCGCGAUGCGCGAAAGGCGGUCAGAAGAGGACGAGAACGUGCACGAAUCCAGCGCCCAUGAACGGCGGUCAGCCAUGCCUCGGCCCCUCUCAGCAAAAGAUGGACUGCAACUCGGGCUGCUCCGCCGGGGCUUUGGAAGAAUUCACUAACACCCUGGCCGUGGACGGACAAUGGUCCAGAUGGUCGGCAUGGUCGGUGUGUGGGAGCGACUGUACGCACACGAGGAGGAGAUCGUGCGACGAUCCGCCACCCAGCCACGGUGGACGAUCUUGCCAAGGCAGGGACAUCAACGUGGCGAAUUGCACAGGCGGCAUGUGCAACGUCGGCAACGCGAAGGUGGGCGGCGCUCAUUUAACCGAGGAAGCGAAUCGCCAGAUGGACGUAGCCUUAUAUGUCGGCCUAACGGUCGCCUGUGUUGUAAUUGGCGGCUUGGCGAUCUUUCUGGCGAGACUUCUGCGACGGAAAGGUCGUGAUCACUCUUUGUACUCCAUGGCUCGUAAUGAAUUCCAGCCGGAGUUCUUCCCGGAUCAGGACAAGAAGCUGAGCCUGCAGCCGGAUGUGACGGCGACGAGUGUGCCGGCCUGCUACGAGUAUCCUUUCGACCCGAAGCUGUCGAUGUCGAGAUCCCUUUCGGAACACCACUACGACGUCCCGCACUUGUCGAUCGCGCCGCAACCGUCGCCGAUGUCGCCCACGCCGAGCACGUCGACCCAGGAGUCCUGCAGCGACAAGCAGAUCCAUUCCGACAGCGAGAACAGCGUCACUAGCUCCUACCCGUCCUCGGACUCGACGUACAACGUCGCCUCGGAGAGCGUCCGGUUGCCGAAGCUGGAGGCCGGAAACGUCGCGAGGGCGGCGGUGAACACGCGCGGCGCUCUGCUGGUCCUCCCAGACUCCGGGAUCUCCAUGUCGGUGCCCGAGGGAGCCGUUCCCAAGCCGCUCCGGGAGGAGCUCUAUCUGGCGGUGCUCAACGAGGAUCGUUACAGGCCCCGAUUACCCGACGGAAUAACUCAGUUAUCAGCUGUGGUGACCUGCGGUCCGUCAUCCGCGACCUUCAACAAGCCCGUGAUCCUCCAAUUUGAGCACUGCGCGAUGUUGCAUCCGGCAACUUGGGAACUGAGCGUUUGGGCAUGCGACGGUAUCAACGUUGACGACGGUGCGUCCUCGAUCGCGUCGAAGGAUCAUCAGUCAAUUACGUGGAGCAGAGUACUGACUCUAGGCAACGAAACCAUCAACACACCGCUGUUCACGCAGCUCGAUCACGCGGAAGCUUUCAUCGUGACCGAGCAACUCCGCGGCUACGUGUUGGCCGGGCAGAGCUGCGAGAACUCGAUCGCUACGAAAAGAUUGCGAUUGGCGCUCUUCGCCAGCCAGGCCGGCCAGUGCUGUGUACGCGUUUACGCCGUGGAGGACACGAAGGCGGCGAUGAAGGCGAUCGUCGAUCGGGAAUCGCAAAUCAGGGGCUAUCUGUUGGACAAGCCGCGCACAUUGCUGUACCAAGACAACGGGGAGUCGCUUUGCGUCAGCCUCGAGGAAGUCGGCAACGAGUGGCAGAGCAAGUCGCCUACGGAACGUCAGGAAGUCCCGUUCCGGGACGUUUGGAACCGUCAGGAGAACGCCAAGCACGUGACCUUCGGCCUGGACACGGCCUUUGGCCCGACCACCACGAGGAGCUACAAGCUGCAAGUCUCGCAGGGAAACUCUGACACGAGACAGGUCUUCAGAAUCGUUUACGACGGCGCAAAACAGUUGAUCUCUUCGGGUAGCGUCACGAGGCCACUCAGGGAAGUCACCGUGGUUAGCAGCGGACACGCUAACAACGCCACGACCGACUCUACCACUCUGCGACCGUUUCGGUUUACGAGAUCUCUGAGGAAGCAGCUCUGCCAAUGCUUAGACCCGCCGAACGCUCUGGGCAACGAUUGGAGAAUGUUGGCGCAGAGGCUUCAAGUCGACAGGUACAUCAAUUACUUCGCGACUAAGGCCAGUCCGACCGAGCACAUUCUGGACCUGUGGGAGGCUAGGCACCGGGAACCGACGGCGGUAACGGAUCUGCUGAACCACCUCAGAGUAAUGGGCAGGACGGACGCCGCCACAAUUCUGGAAGCGCAGCUCGGCCCGUGGCUUUGAAUAAACCAGAAAACCGGAUCUUGAAAAGCGUUUUCAGCGGUGAGUGAAAGUCGAGAGACCGCGUUGUACGCCCACCCUUGCGAGAGAAGUGAUCAGUGAAUCAGUGUGUGAUCGAACGGCGAACCGAUAAACUCGAAAGACCGAUCGACGAGUGAAACGGAUCACCCCGAGUGAGUGAGUGCGUGCGAGAGAAAGAGUGAGACGAAGGAGGCAGGAGAACUGUCGGUUCUCCGAACGGACUCAUCGAAACACUGCCUUAAUUAUGCGCGACAGACCGUCGAUACUUUGUAAAUAAACGUGAGAGUUAUAGUUAUAGUGGAGAGCACGAGGAUGAUUCUCUAAGAGAUCCACGGCCGCAUUGAGAGAUCCACGGACUGAGGAAUGCUUAUCCGAGAGUUCAAGAGCGCGACGUGAAAAAAACCCGCAUAUAAUCAUGACGAAGUAAUUAGGGACUGUGCAUUUAUUGACGGACAUACGUGUACAUAUAUACGAAGAAACUAACGCGCGCAGAUACAGAUGGAUAUAUCCAUUUUAGAGAUGGAUGUUUAUAUAUAUAAAUAUAUGUUAUAUAUAUAUAUAUAGAUAUAUAUACAGGACACCAAGUAAAGUUCGAGCGGGAAUCGGCGAUAUCCGCGACACAUUGACGCGACGAACGUGAAUUUCUUUUUUCUUUUUUUAUCGAUUUGUUAACACGAAUGCACGCGAGCACGAGCGAGUGAUUAUUACUUUUCUGAGAAUCGUGCCAAAAUUACCUCGGUUUCGUAAGCGUAUGUACACUUCCGUUAUUGUUACAUCAGAGGUUUCGUGAACGCCGUACAUCUUUUUUAUGUGUGUCGACAAUACAGAUCGCGGUACACGAAGAGUACAACGGUUUGGCGCGCGUUGCUCACGAACACGAACGGAGCGACGCGCGAUCGCAUAAAACGAGCUAAUUUACGACAGACAUGAUUUAAACGACAAUUUAUUUGAGAGAAUUGUAUAUUUGUUACUUUCGACGAAUAAAAUAUUCUUGUAUACCUCAGA